CAGAGCUGGCGUGAGGUGUUAAGUGGACCCUUUGCAAGCCCGGGGCCACCCGAGAGCAACGACGAUUGAGUUGCGCGGCCGAGCCCUCGCCAGGCAUCGGUGGUGAACUUUGACACGCAUUAUAGGCCAUGGCAAUAGCCUUGGCGGGAUAUAGCUGCCGCUAAACCCAGCAUUCCGGCGCCGGCAGCCGUCUGCGCCGGCGCCCGAAUCGCCUUCGCACUGAACAGCACCGGGCGCUAGCGGGGACGACAAUUAAGGAUGGCCGCAGCGCCGGCCAAGGAGGUCACCACCAAACAGGUGGCGGCCGUGCGCUUCGGCUUCUACUCGGAGGACGAGGUCCGGAAGCUCAGCGUGGUGAACAUCACCUGCCCCCUCAUUUUUGACGACGCGAAGGUGCCAGUGAAAGAUGGCCUCUACGACCCCCGCAUGGGGCCAACCGACUCCCGCGACAAGUGUGGGACGUGCUUGCUCAGCCACGACCGGUGUCCUGGGCACUUCGGGCGCAUCGAGCUCCCAGUGCCAGUAUACAACCCGCUCGUGUUCAAGGUCAUGUACAAGCUGCUGCGCUGCACGUGUCUCCAUUGCCACCGCUUCAAGCUGUCGCAGGACACGGUGGACACGUACCUGCGUAAGCUGACGCGGCUGGUGGACGGCGACCUGGUGAAGGCGGUGGAGAUCUCCACGGAGCGCCACGUCAAGUCCAAAGAGCUGGCUGAGCUGAUGGCCGGCGGCGACAGCGACGACACCGAGCCCAAGCCCGACAGCAGCAGCAAGGCCGCCGCGGGCGGCAAGCCCGGGCAAGCGGGUGCCGGCGGCAAGGGCCACGCAGCCCGGCGCAAUAUCACCCAGCACACGCUCGAGGCGAUGCAGGACACUAUCUCUGAGCUGCUGGGCAAGAUGAACAGCAACAAGUGCCAGAACUGCAAGGUGACCAACCCGCAGAUCAAGAAGCAGGGCACCACCAAGCUCUUCUGCGUGUGGUCGAGCCGCAAGGCGCUGCUGGACAACGCCAAAGAGGGGUUCAACAUCGUCAACGUGCUGGAGCGCGGCCGCGAUGACGUUGUCGGUGACCUGGAGCGCGGCCUGCAGGCGGAGAUGAAGACCAAGGCGGACAGCCGCAAGCGCGCGCGAGACGCCAAGGCCGAGGCCGAUGGCGAGGGUGGCGGCGCCAAGAUGGCGCCCCACACCGGCGCGUACGGCAGCGCUGAGGACUACAUGGACGUGGACGACAAGAAGCGGGCCAAGCGCGACACGGACGGCGCCAACGCCGACCUCAACGAGCUAAGCGAUGAUGACGACGAUGAGGAGGAUGAGGAGGAGGGGUCGGAGGACCUGCACGCCGGCGAGCCGGGGGCGCCUGCCGAGGAGGCAGGGACAAGCGGGCGCGGUGCUGGCGGCGGCAAGGGCGGCAAGGGCAAGGACGGCAAGGCGCCCGCACACCUCGAUGUGGCCACCAAGUACAUGACGCCCACGGAGGUGGAGGAGCACCUGAGGCUGCUGUGGAGCCACGAGUGGCCCAUCCUGUCGCUCAUCUACAGCGCGCAGGUCAGCGCCAAGCCCGGCCAACGUGGCGGCGCAGGCGGGCGGCUGCUGAAUGAGGCGGAGGCGCGCGCCGCCUACAAGAUGUUCUUCCUGCGGUGCCUGCCGGUGGCGCCCAACAAGUUCCGGCCGCCCUCCAAAGUCGGCGACGAGCUCUACGAGCACGCGCACAACGUCAUCCUGGCCAAGAUCAUCAACUCCUCGCUCGAGCUGUCCAGCGGCCCGCGGGCGGUGGACGCCGCCGCGCGGACGCAAGGCGGCACCGGCGCCGACCCGGCGCAGGCCGCCGCCAUGGACCUGUCGCGGCGUGUGGCCACGUGGCUGGCGCUCCAGAACCACGUGUGCGCGCUCAUGGACAGCACUACGGCCGAGGACCUGGACAAGAGCGGGGCGCAGGGCAUCCGGCAACAGCUGGAGAAGAAGGAGGGGCUGUUCCGCAAGAACAUGAUGGGCAAGCGCGUCAACUUUGCCGCGCGCUCUGUCAUUUCGCCCGACCCCUACAUCGGCGCCGGCGAAAUCGGCGUGCCGCCCUACUUCGCCAAGCGCCUGUCCUUCCCGGAGCGCGUGACGCCCUUCAACGUGGAGCGGCUGCGCGCGGCGGUGAUUGCCGGCGCGCACCAGCACCCCGGCGCGGUGGCGGUGGAGGACGUGACCACCGGCCGCAUGAUUCAGCUGGGCAACCUGCCGCUGGAGCGCCGCCAGGCCGUGGCCAAGCAGCUCAUGUCCAGCACCGCCGUGCUGGGCCGCACCGGGCCCAUCUCCACGCGGCUGGGCCGUGCAAGCACCGGCCGGCCGGGCGCGGGAGGCGGCGCCGGCGCCGCCGCGCUGCCGUCCAACUACAUCGUGUACCGGCACCUCCAGGAUGGCGACUUGAUGCUGACCAACCGCCAGCCCACGCUGCACAAGCCCGGGCUGAUGGCGCACCGCGCGCGCGUGCUCAAGGGCGAGCGCACCAUCCGCAUGCAUUACGCCAACUGCUCCACCUUCAACGCCGACUUCGACGGCGACGAGAUCAACCUGCACCUGCCGCAGGACCAGCUGGGCCGCUCCGAGGGCUACGUCAUCGUGCACGCCGACCAGCAGUACAUCGUGCCCACCGACGGCAAGCCAAUCCGCGGCCUGAUCCAGGACCACGUCGUCGCCGCUACGCUCAUCACCAAGCGUGGCACCUACUUCACCGCCGAUGAGUACCGGCAGCUGGUCUACAUUGCCUGCACGCCCUGGGUGGGCAAGGGGCCCGCCGCCGCGGCAGCGGCGGCUGCCGCCGAGGCCACCGGCAAGGCGCGGCCCAAGGUGACCGUCACGGCCGCCGGCAGCUCGUUCGACAUCGAUCUGGAGCCGCCCUGCACGCUCAAGCCGCGGCAGCUGUGGUCCGGCAAGCAGGUGGUGUCCACCGUCAUCUCGUUCUUCACGCGCGGCCUGCCGCCGCUGUCGUUCUCGGCGGGCGGCAAGGUGCCUGCCAGCUACUGGGGCGCGGGGAGCGGCGAGGACGAGAUGCAGUUCCACCGCGGCGCGCUGGUGCGGGGCGUGGUGGACAAGAACGCCUUUGGCAAGUACGGCCUGGUGCACGCGGUGCAGGAGCUGUACGGCAACACGACGGCCGGGAAGCUGCUGUCGGCGUUCUCGCGCCUCUUCACCUACUACCUGCAGUGGCACGGCUUCACCUGCGGCAUGGACGACCUGCUGCUGGUCCCCGGGUCGGAGGCGCGGCGCGCGGCGCUGCUGGCGACGGCGGAGGCGCGCGCGGUGCAGGCGUCCAGCGAGCUGCUGGUCGACAAGGACAAGAAGGGCGCCAAGGGCAGUGCGGGCGAGGGACUGCCGGCGGAGCUGCUGGCGGACCCAGCCAGCCACGCACGGCAGCUGCUGCACUACGAGAUCAAGGUGUCUGCCGAGCUAGGUGAGCGCUACCGCACCAACCGCGACACGGGCAAGGCGCACGACAUGAAGGGUAGUGGCGCCAUGCACGCGCUGUCGUCCGAGGUCAUCAAGGUCUGCCUGCCGGGCGGCCAGGCCAAGGCGUUUCCACAGAACUGCCUCUCGCUCAUGACCAUCACCGGCGCCAAGGGCUCGCUGGUCAACUUCAGCCAGAUCAGCUGCCUGCUGGGGCAGCAGGAGCUGGAGGGUCGCCGCCCGCCGCGCAUGGCCAGCGGCAAGACGCUGCCGUGCUUCCGGCCCUAUGAUGGCGGCGGCCGCAGCAACGGCUUCAUCGGCGACCGCUUCCUGACGGGGCUGCGGCCGCAGGAAUACUACUUCCACUGCAUGGCGGGGCGAGAGGGCCUAGUGGACACGGCCGUCAAGACCUCGCGCUCAGGCUACCUGCAGAGGUGCCUGGUGAAGAACCUGGAGUCGCUGCGGGUGCACUACGACGGCACCGUGCGCGACAACUGCGACGCCUCCAUCGUGCAGUUCGCGUACGGCGAGGACGGGCUGGACGUCAUGAGCGUGUCCUACAUGCGCCAGUUUGGCUUCCUCGCGCGCAACGCCGACCGCUUCUCGCAGCUGGUCGACCGCAAGGACGCACUGGCCGCCUCCGCCACCGCCGGCCUCACCGCGCACGAGGCGGAGGUGGCGGCGGCGCUGGAGGCGCGCAGCAAGCUGCUGGCAGAGGCGGACGCGGCGGCGGCGGCGGGCAAGAAGGACAAGGCGGCGGCCGCGAAAGCGCGCGCGGCGGGCCUGUUGGGCGGCCUGCCCAUCACGGCGCUGCACCCGCCCACAGUGCUGGGCGCCGCCAGCGAGGCGUUUGCGGACGCGCUGCGCGCCUACGUCGCCGCCAACCCCGACGGCGCGCUACAGGCUCAAGACGCCGGCGCCAAGAAGGACGGCAAGAAGGACAGGAAGAAGGAUAAGGAGCUGGUGGCUGCCGGCGGGCGGCAUGGUGGCAAGGGCAGCGUGGACGGGCCGCUGUUCGGGCAGCUGAUGAUGCUCAAGUACAUGCGCUCGCUGGCGGCGGCGGGCGAGGCGGUGGGCGUGCUGGCGGCGCAGUCGGUCGGCGAGCCCAGCACGCAGAUGACGCUCAACACCUUCCACAUGGCGGGUCGUGGAGAGGCCAACGUGACGCUGGGUAUCCCGCGUCUUCGUGAGAUUCUCAUGACAGCCGCGCCGCGCAUCAAGACGCCCGUCAUGACGCUGCCGCUGGUGGCUGGCCUGGGCGUGCCGGAGGCGCAGGUGCUGGCCAACCGCAUGCGGCGGCUUCGCCUGGCCGAGUGCCUGUCGGGCAUCACCGUGGAGGAGCAGCCAGUGGCGCGCUGCGUGGGCCUGCCUGAGGGCUUCGGCCGCGUCUACCGCGUCACGCUGGCGUUCUUCAAGCCCGCGCAGUAUCCGCCUGAGGCCAAGCUGUCGUUUGACGAGCUGGUGGCGUCCUUCCAGGGCCUGUUCAGCAAGCGGCUCAAGCACGAGGUGGAGAAGGAGGCCAAGCGCAAGGCCGGCGUGGGCAUCGGCAAGGUGGACGUGUCGACCGUGCAAGAUAGCGAGACGGCGCCGGCGGCCACAGGCAACGAGGACGGCGACGGCGAGGCGGGCGGCACCGAGCGCACGAAGAAGAAGAGCGAGAAGGCGGACGAUUUCGAGGACGCCGAGCCCGAUGAGGAGCUGCGGGAAGGCAAGCUGCGCUUCCGCGGCGGCCGCGGCGAGGCAGCCACCUACGACGCCGGUGAUGAUGAGGACGAGGAGGCUGCGGCGGCAGCGCGACGCCAGGCUGCACGGAGAGGCCUGGGAGACGCUGAUGAGGAGGACGCCGGCAAGGCUGAGACGGCACAGGACGCCGACGACGCUGCGGCUGAUGAUGGCGCUGCGGCCGACGGUGGCGCCGCCGCCUCGUCCGCCGACAUCGACUACAAGAACCACACGUGCAGCCUGACCAUCACACUGCCGCUCAGCAGCCCCAAGCUGCUGAUGCUGGAGAUUGUAGAGCGCGUGGCCGCGAUCACGCUGGUGCGGUCCACGCCCAACAUUGAGAAGGUGUAUGUGGUGGAGGGCACAGGCAAGGACGCCAGCGUCAAGCUGCAGACCGACGGCGUGAACUUUGAGGGCGCCUGGGAGCACUCAGACAUUGCCGACGUCAACGGCAUCACAACCAACGACGUGCACGCUAUGCUAGUGACGUACGGUGUGGAGGCGGCGCGCGCGACCAUCAUGCGCGAGGUGCAGAGCGUGUUCAGCGCCUACGGCAUCGGCGUGGACCCGCGCCACCUGUCGCUCAUUGCCGACUUCAUGACGCACCAGGGCGGCUACCGCGCCUGCAACCGCAUCGGCAUCGAAUCCAGCGUGUCGCCCUUCCUGAAGAUGUCAUUUGAGACUGCGGCGCACUUCCUCACGGACGCCACCCUGCGCGGCAGCGUGGACGACCUGAAGAGCCCCGCGGCGCGGCUGUGUGUGGGCCGUGUGGUGGAGUUGGGCACUGGGUGUGUGGAGCUGGUGCAGCAGAUCGGCGGGCUGGCGCCCGGGCACUGAAAGGUGUAAGGUGCCACUAGCGCGCGGUGUGUGCAUUUUGACUGGACGACCCGAACAGGACAUGGCUGUGUGAUUGUAUAUGUUUAAGGCGCGUGUGAUAGUCCAGUGCAGGAUGGGAGGGCGCUUCUGUGCCGCAAGUGUUGCUGAACCACUGUCUGACUGAAAGAGACUUGACUGAGCAUGCGUACUGUGUGAUUUUGCCAAGAUUGUUGUGUGGGAGCGAGUUCAUACUGCUAGACAGAUAUUUCGUGCCCAUUCAGGUGCUUGCAACAGCGCCCCUUAUGCUGACGGCACAUAGAUAGUGUGGGUAUACAGAGUCGAUGCGCGGCUACACGUAAGCCGCUCAUGCACGGUACGCUGUGCUGAAGCAGGUGGAUCACAAUGAAUACAUUAUGCGAGUGGGCUUAUCCGGCAUUCCGGCCCUGACCGACCGUGUUGCUCAUGGCAAGU